UAAAAACAUGGCUGUCAACAUUUGCAGAAAACUUUCGCAACAGAAGGAUUUAUCACAAUUACAAAGGUUUUACAAGGCCUCAACAAGUAUUACAAGAGGAUAUGCGAACCUAACUGAUGACCAAAAACAAAUGUUGGAGAAUGGUCCUAACCUUGGAGACUUCAUAGAGAAUGAUGGCAAAGACUGGAAAGAAUAUAAAGGCAAUCUUCUGAAGAAAAAAGGAGAAAAACUUAGAUUGCCACCUUGGUUGAAGACCGAAAUCCCAGUUGGUAAAAACUACACAUCAUUAAAGAAAUCUCUACGUGGGUUGAACCUACAUACAGUUUGUGAAGAGGCCAAAUGCCCAAAUAUUGGAGAAUGCUGGGGAGGGGGAGAGAACAAUACUGCAACAGCAACAAUCAUGGUCCUUGGGGAUACCUGUACUCGAGGCUGUCGAUUUUGCUCUGUGAAGACGUCAAGAGCACCCCCACCAGCUGACCCUCUAGAACCAAUCAAUACGGCACGUGCAGUGACAGAGUGGGGUCUCGAUUAUGUGGUCCUGACUUCAGUGGAUAGAGAUGAUAUGCCUGAUGGAGGUGCUGCUCAUUUUGCCCAAACAGUGAAAGAAAUAAAAAGAUUGAAACCAGAGAUGAUGGUUGAAUGUCUUACACCAGAUUUCCGUGGUGACCUAACUGGUGUGGAAACCAUAGCAACCUCAGGUCUAGAUGUUUACGCACAUAAUGUAGAGACAGUGGAAGAUCUCCAAAAAUUUGUGCGAGACCCCAGGGCCAACUACAAUCAAUCUAUGAGUGUCCUAAAGCAUGUGAAGGAGGUCAAUCCUGGCUUGAUCAGCAAAACAUCUAUCAUGUUAGGACUGGGGGAGUCAGAUGACCAGGUUAUGAAAGUACUAGAAGAUCUGAGGGAAAUUGAUGUAGACUGUCUAACAUUGGGGCAAUAUAUGCAGCCAACAAAGCGCCAUCUACAGGUAAAGGAAUAUGUUACUCCUGAGAAGUUUGCCUACUGGGAGAGCAUGGGAAAGAAACUCGGCUUUGCAUAUACUGCUAGUGGCCCUCUAGUCAGAUCCUCUUAUAAAGCAGGAGAGUUCUUCAUCAAGAACCUAUUGGAAAAGAGGAGGACUUUAAAUAAUGAAAAAGUGAGGAGUUUAAAUGAUGAAAAGGGAAGAGUUUAAAUGAUGAAAGAGGAGAAGUUUAAAUGAUGAAAAAGGAAGAGUUUAAAUGAUGAAAGAGGAGGAGUUUAAAUGAUGAAAAAGGAGGAGUUUAAUUGAUGAAAGAGGAGGAGUUUAAAU